GUCAAGUUUGUAUCCACUAUUUUUCAGCCCUCAUCUUUUUUUAUCCACAACUGAUAGAAAGAAAUAUGUAUAUAAAAAAAAGGAUCGGUGGAGGCUAUGUUGAAACAAUUGAGGUACCAAGAAUGUCUACAGGGGCCUUUAUCUUUUUGUUCGAAUGCAUUGUCAGAAGCGGGCAAUAAAUUGUUUGUGUGUUACAUGCAUAUCCUCUCACAUUUGCAUUAACUUCGUCAGCAAAACACUCCCUAGGACCCAUUCAUUUUCUUGUCAUAUCUCUCCUCUUUUCUUUUUCUUGUGGGUCCUUGCUGAUUCUCACAAUCCCUUAUUUCUUUUUUUAAAAAAAGUGAAGAUGUUAAGACCUAGACGAGCAUAGCUCGCAACCCCAAAGAAGAGAGACGAGAGGGUGAGAGAGCUCGGGUUUUUAAGAAAAAGAACUAUUACUGUAAUGUGUUCUUUCAUUUGAACCACAUGCGUCCAGUUGACUGUCGAUCAAGUGGUACCUUUUUUGUUUUUAUGGAUCUGUGCUCAGUCCUCACAACCGUUCCAUCCUCUCUUUGACUCGUCUGAAAAAGCUCCCCGGAUACAUAUUUGUUGCAUGCAUUGUUAUAAAAAAAGAUAAUUAGCGAUUAGUUAUCCAUUA